AUGCCCUUCACCCUCGUACUGCCCGAUAACUACCCGUGGGUGGCGCUCGCCGCAUCUUCCACUUUCUGGCUCUGUGCAUACCAGGUCAUCAAUGUCUCCGGAUUCCGCCGCAAGGCCGGGGUGAAGUAUCCCCAGCUAUACGCAGACAAGGCCGAGCAGGAGAAGAGCCUCGAUGCGAUGAAGUUCAACUGUGCCCAGCGGGCGCAUGCCAACACUCUUGAGAACCUUCCCGGUGUUCUCUUCGCGACCAUGCUUUCCGGCGUGUACUUCCCCACUGCGACAGCCGCAACCUGUGGCGUCUGGGUCGUAGGCCGCCUCCUGUACACCAUCGGGUACAGCACCGGGAACCCUGCUAAGCGCAAUGCGUACGGUGGCUGGCUGUCGAGUCUUUCCCUAUUGGGCACGAAAUUGGAUUGGCGCCGCCAUCCUGUGCGAGUCUGGGUUUGGCGCAAGAUGUUGUCAUGGAUUAUGUUUACACCUCGUGAUCGGGUCAUUCAUUUCCGGCUAUAUGAAUGGCGGCAAUUUAAAAGUGCUGUCUGUCCAGUCAUGGCACUCUCCAUAUGCUUGAACAUCGUUCACUUCUAUUUCCAACCCGUUUUGUGA